CUUUUUCGAAAUUUGUCCAAGUCAAUACAGUGUCCUGAAUUGUAACCGCGCGUUAUGGAUAAAGAUUCCAUUUUUAUACCAGGUGAUAUAAUCUGCCCUGCAGAUAACAAUUAUAUAUCAGGAAAUGGAACAGUUACUCGCAAGAACACCAUAUAUGCUUCAAUUGCUGGAAAAUGCAACUUUCAAAAGAUAGAAGAUGGAAAAACAGUCGUUGAAAUUCGCUUAAAAAAUUCUCAUAAUCAGAAUAUUGUGCCAACUAUAGAUUGUUUAGUUGCUGCAAGAAUAACGAAUGUUAAUCCUAGAUUUUGCAAAUGUGCUAUUAUCAGCGUCGAUGAUGUGCUUUUGCCCGAAUCUUUUCGAGGGUUGAUUAGAAAAGAAGACGCCAGAGCGACUGAAAAAGAUAAAGUUGAAUUAUAUAAAAGCUUCCGACCGGGAGAUAUAAUUUUAGCCAGGGUUUUAUCUUUAGGUGAUGCCCAAGCUUACCUAUUGACAACGGCUGAAAAUGAAUUGGGCGUUGUAUCAGCAACAAGCGAGAGUGGCGAAACCAUGAUUCCUAUUAGUUGGUGUGAGAUGCAAUGUCCAAAAACUUUGGCAAAAGAGAAUAGAAAAGUAGCGAGGGUUCAUAAGGACUAUAUUAUUAAUUCACUUGUUACUGAAGCCGAGUAGAGCCUUUACAAAAUCUGUAAAAAAUAAGUUAAAGUUACUUUUUCUUCCUAUGUUAUUCUGUAAAAAUUGUAUAAUGAAAUAAAAUCGUUAUAAUCGACAGUUGGAAUUCAAAAAAAAACAAGAAAGGUUAAUUACUAGAAUAUCUAUUCUUAAAAACUGUAACGUAACACCCAUUCUAGAGGAAUUGUUAAGCUGCCGAAGGGCAUGUUUUUAAAUGUUGGUAUUUCAGCUAAUAUUUUUAUAAUUUCGUAGUCUAUUCUAAAGCUUCAAUUUUUAAAGUAAACCUUUAAAUAACGUAAA